AUGGAUUCUGCAAGUCUUUUCAAUGUCAAGGGCAAAGUGGUGCUGGUCACCGGCGGAGCUAAAGGCAUCGGUCGCAUGAUCUCAGAGGGCUAUGUAACCAACGGCGCCACUGUCUACAUCUCCUCUCGUGAUGCAAAGGCCUGUGAACAAGCAGUCAACGAGCUCAAUGCGCUGGGCAAGGGCAAAGCCCAUGCCAUCCCGGCCGAUUUCUACAAGCUCGAGGAUGUGAAGAAGUUGGCGGAGGAGCUGGCCAAGCGCGAAGGCAGUAAGGCACCACACAUUGCACAAACAGUGAUAUCAAUUCUCACAAGAAUCCUUCUUCCUAUAGAGCUCCAUGUCCUCGUCAACAACUCCGGCUCGAACUGGGGCGCUCCCUACGACAAAUAUCCCUCCGAGGCCUUCACACGAGUCCUGACCCUCAACCUUCACCGAGUCUUUGACCUGACCCAGCUCGUUACACCACUUUUGGAGAAGGCGGCUACGCCGAACGAUCCCUCCCGCAUUAUCAAUAUCGGCAGCAUUGAUGGACUCCGUGUUCCCGCGCUCGAGACAUUCGCAUACAGUUCCAGCAAGGCCGGCCUACACCACUUAAGCCGGGUGCUUGCCAACCAUCUAGGCCAGAGAAAUAUUACUUCUAACACCUUGGCCUGCGGUCCUUUCGAGAGUAAGAUGAUGGCUGCCACCUUGAAGGAGUUUGGUGAGACGAUUAAGGCCGGUGUGCCUCUUGGUCGUAUUGGAACCCCGCAGGAUGUGGCUGGAGCUUGUUUGUUCUUGAGCAGCCGUGCUGGUGCGUUUGUCAACGGCGCGACUAUUACAGUCGACGGCGGAAGUGUCAUCGCUUCCAAGCUGUAA